CAACCACGCCACGAUUUCCGCCGACGACUUGGAACAGCUUCAAAUUUCCACCUCCAUCCAAACCAACUCCUCCUCUGCACCGAGGAGUGUCGCACACUCUUUCGCAGUCAUUCAAAUCGCUAGCUCUCACAUCGCACGCUACAGUAUCCCGAAAGUAGUCCACCUCACCUCGCGGUGAUUCCACCGUCACCAUGGACGACCUUCAAUCCCUCGAACACCUCUCCCUGAUCUCGCGCAUAACAAACGAGCUCCAAAACCAUUUGGGGAUAAACGACAAAGUCGUCGCCGAGUUUGUCGUUGACAUGCACCUGAAAUGCGCAUCAUUCGGCGAGUUCAAGAAGCAGCUCGAGGAGAACGGCGCCGAGUUCCCAAACAGCUUACUUGAGAGCGUCGAUCGGCUUGUCCUGACUAUGCACCCCAAGUACAAGAGCCGGAACCAGAAACAACAGGAAAAUGAAUCGCAGGGGGGUGGCGAUGAUAUGGAUGCGCUGAACGCGUUGGAGAAGAAGGCGAGGGUUUUCAAGGGCUUGGCUGUGCCGGAUCGCGAGCAGAGGUGGGAGGAUGAGGCGAUACCCAAGCAUGUGGCUGAGGAGGAGGAUGCGAAGGCUUCGGCGAUGGAUGAUACGUUUGCGAUGUUGGAGGGGUUGGCGGGAAAGGCGAGGAAGGCAGAGGCACCGGCGCGGUCAUAUUCGAAUACCGAGAGCGAGAAGAGGAAGCGGAGUCGGAGUCCCGAGUACGAUGACUAUAGUCGGAACAGGCGGAAGGAUAAAUAUCACUCGCGGUCGAGAGAGCGGAGUCCGGACUACCGCAUAAGGGACGAGGAGGUGGAUGAGUUUGGACGGUCGACGGGGAAGUACAGCAGCUCGAAGAAUGAAAGGCACCGGAAUGGUCGAAGCGAACGACGGAGAGGGCGACGCGACGAUGACGAUGAUUACUUCCGGAAACCUCCGCCUGUCGAGUUGGACGAUCAGCCGGUUAUAUACAAGGUCUACGAUGGACAAGUUACUGGUGUGAAGGACUUUGGCGCCUUUGUAAAUUUGCAGGGAGUCAAGGGCAAGGUUGACGGGCUGGUACAUGUUUCUGCAAUGCAAGAAGGGGCUCGAGUCAACCAUCCGUCGGAUCUCGUUUCACGCGGUCAACCUGUCAAGGUCAAGGUGAUUAGCAUACAAGGCUCGCGCAUUGGUUUGUCCAUGAAGGAAGUGGAUCAGGAAACUGGACGAGACCUCAUCCCUCAGCGGCGGCUGGCUUCCGGAGCUAAUAUGGAACGACUGGAUGGAGUUUCAUCGAACGAUAGAUACGGCAACCUAAGCUCAGAUGUCCCGAUUAUCGAGGAGUCAAAUGGCAGGCCGAUGAAAAACCGGAAGCGCUUAACGUCGCCCGAGCGAUGGGAAAUCAAGCAGUUAAUAGCAUCCGGUGCUGUCUCAGCACUCGACUAUCCCGAUAUCGACGAGGAAUACCAUGCCACAUUGACUGGAGAAGGCACGUUUGAAGAGGAGGAGGAUGUCGACAUCGAGGUUCGAGACGAAGAACCUCCUUUCCUGGCUGGCCAGACCAAGAUGUCGCUGGAACUGUCUCCAAUCCGAGUGGUCAAGGCUCCGGAUGGAUCGAUGAACCGCGCAGCGAUGGCGGGCACGGGUCUGGCAAAGGAACGACGCGAUCUCAGACAGCAGGAGGCCCAGGACAAAGCGGCGGAGCGAGCAGCAGAGGUGGACCUUAAUGCCCAAUGGCAAGAUCCCAUGGCCAGCGAGCGACAAUUCGCGGCCGAUCUUCGUACUGCUCAGCAGACAAAGUCGGAUGAGGCUGUUCCUGAGUGGAAGCGAGUUACUUUAGGCAAGAAUCAGUCCUUUGGAAAACGGACGAACAUGUCGAUCAAGCAGCAACGGGAGAGUCUGCCGGUGUAUAAGUUCCGCGAUCAGCUACUUGAAGCCGUGGAAAACAACCAGUUGCUCAUUGUUGUUGGCGAUACUGGUUCAGGAAAGACAACGCAACUGACACAGUACCUGGCUGAGGGUGGGUACGCCAACAGAGGCAUAGUCGGCUGCACGCAACCUCGUCGUGUCGCCGCAAUGUCGGUUGCUAAGCGUGUGGCCGAGGAGGUUGGUUGCAAACUUGGUGCAGAGGUCGGCUACACGAUUCGUUUCGAGGAUUGCACUAGCCCAGAGACAAAGAUCAAGUACAUGACGGACGGAAUGCUUCAAAGAGAGGUGCUUCUAGAUCCAGAUCUGAGAAAGUAUUCAGUGAUUAUGCUUGAUGAAGCCCACGAGCGAACCAUCGCCACAGAUGUCCUCUUUGGACUGCUGAAAAAGACGCUCAAGCGGAGACCGGAUCUACGACUUAUCGUCACAUCUGCAACUCUAGAUGCGGACAAGUUCUCUGAAUACUUCUAUGGCUGCCCUAUCUUCUCCAUUCCUGGUCGAACUUACCCUGUGGAGAUUAUGUACUCCAAGGAACCCGAGUCGGAUUAUCUUGAUGCAGCGCUUAUCACAGUCAUGCAGAUUCACCUGACUGAGCCACCGGGAGAUAUGCUUCUGUUCUUAACGGGACAAGAGGAAAUCGACACUGCGUGCGAGAUUCUCUAUGAGCGAAUGAAGGCAUUGGGGCCAAGUGUGCCGGAAUUGGUGAUUCUUCCAGUCUACUCUGCCCUACCGAGUGAGAUGCAGAGUAAGAUCUUCGACCCUGCUCCGCCAGGUGGUCGAAAGGUUGUUAUCGCUACGAAUAUCGCAGAAACCUCGAUCACAAUUGACAACAUCUACUAUGUCAUUGAUCCAGGUUUCGUGAAGCAGAAUGCUUACGAUCCCAAACUUGGAAUGGAUUCACUGGUAGUCACACCCAUUUCUCAGGCGCAAGCCAAGCAACGAGCUGGACGAGCUGGACGAACUGGUCCUGGCAAGUGCUUCCGUUUGUACACUGAAGCAGCCUACCAAUCUGAGAUGUUGCCCACUACCAUCCCCGAAAUCCAACGGCAAAACCUGUCACAUACUAUUCUCAUGCUCAAAGCAAUGGGCAUCAAUGACCUGCUCCAUUUCGAUUUUAUGGACCCGCCCCCAACCAACACUAUGCUUACAGCUCUUGAAGAACUCUACGCCUUAUCCGCCCUAGACGACGAAGGUCUACUAACCCGACUCGGCCGCAAGAUGGCCGACUUCCCCAUGGAACCGGCCCUAGCCAAAGUGCUCAUCGCCUCAGUCGACCUUGGCUGCUCCGAAGAAAUGCUCAGCAUCGUCGCCAUGCUCUCCAUCCAAUCCGUCUUCUACCGCCCGAAAGAAAAACAGCAACAAGCGGACCAGAAAAAGGCCAAAUUCCACGACCCACACGGCGACCAUCUCACCUUACUCAACGUCUACAACGCCUGGAAGAAAUCCAACUUCAACAACGCCUGGUGCUUCGAGAACUUCAUCCAGGCCCGCCAGAUCCGGCGCGCGCAGGACGUCCGCCAGCAGCUACUCGGGAUCAUGCAGCGCUACCACCACAAGAUCGUCUCGUGCGGCCGCAACUCCACCAAGGUCCGCCAAGCGCUCUGCACGGGCUUUUUCCGCAACGCCGCGCGCAAGGAUCCGCAGGAGGGCUACAAGACCCUCGUCGAGGGCACACCCGUGUACAUGCAUCCUAGCUCUGCGCUCUUCGGCAAGCCAGCCGAACACGUCAUCUACCAUACGCUCGUACUCACGACCAAGGAGUACAUGCACUGCACGACGGCGAUCGAGCCAAAGUGGCUUGUUGAGGCGGCGCCCACGUUCUUCAAGGUUGCGCCGACGGAUCGGCUCUCGAAGCGGAAGAAGGCCGAGCGCAUCCAGCCGCUGCAUAAUCGGUUCGCCGGUGAAGAUGAUUGGCGCUUGUCGGCUCAGAGGAGGCAGGGGCGUGGUGGUGGUGGUGGAACUUGGGGUUAGACUGCUGCGGAGUAUGUUAUGCUUAUAUACUUCGAGAGACCUGUCUGUUGUCUUUGCUACGCUGCGUUAUGUAUACCCGGUUAGAUAGUAGAAAUUGUAUAUUAUGCAUCUGCCUCUUCAAAUUCUUCGCGGACUGAGAUGCUCAAUACUCGAGUCGUCUUGGCCGUUACAUCAAUAACUACUAUGUCUACACGUUUGCACCUCCAGCCUUCCACUACGUAUGUAUUGCAUGGGUUAACCCAAAUCAGGAGCUUGGACAGCGUCAUACUUUACGUAAUGAAGGGAGUUUGUAUACUGCGACGACCUAACAAUUCCCACAGGAUAUAGUACUAGGCAAAGAGUGUAAAGGCAGCGAGCAGGCC